AUGUGGGCUGAUGCUACACAGGAUGCCUUUGGUCUUUUCUACAACCAGAGACUCAAGAGCGACCAGAAUGGGGAACAGACAUCUAAUAACCAUGAUUGUGAUACUAAUUGCAACCGCUGGAGGUGUGUCAUCUCAGUCAACUACAGACUCAACAGCAACUUCAGACUCAACAGCAACUUCAGACUCAACCCCAACUUCAGACUCAACAGCAACUUCAGACUCAACAGCAACUUCAGACUCAACCCCAACUUCAGACUCAACAGCAACUUCAGACUCAACAGCAACUUCAGACUCAACCCCAACUUCAGACUCAACAGCAACUUCAGAAUCAACCCCAACUUCAGACUCAACAGCAACUUCAGACUCAACCCCAACUUCAGACUCAACAGCAACUUCAGACUCAACCCCAACUUCAGACUCAACAGCAACUUCAGAAUCAACCCCAACUUCAGACUCAACAGCAACUUCAGACUCAACCCCAACUUCAGACCCAACAGGAACUUCAGACUCAACAGCAACUUCAGACUCAACCCCAACUUCAGACUCAACAGCAACUUCAGACUCAACCCCAAAUUCAGACUCAACAGCAACUUCAGACUCAACCCCAACUUCAGACUCAACAGCAACUUCAGACUCAACAGCAACUUCAGACUCAGCAGCAACUUCAGACUCAACAGCGACUUCAGACUCAACAGCAACUUCAGACUCAACAGCAACUUCAGACUCAACAGUAACUUCAGACUCAACCCCAAUGUCAGACUCAACAGUAACUUCAGACUCAACAGCAACUUCAGACUCAACCCCAACGUCAGACUCAACAGCAACUUCAGACUCAACAGCAACUUCAGACUCAACCCCAACUUCAGACUCAACAGCGACUUCAGACUCAACAGCAACUUCAGACUCAACAGCAACUUCAGACUCAACAGCAACUUCAGACUCAACAGCAACUUCAGGAACAACACCAACUCAAGGAUCAACAUCAACUCCAGAUUCAACAGCAACUUCAGACUCAACGGCAACCUCAGGAGCAACACCAACUCCAGAUUCAUCAUCAAUUCAAGUGUCAACAUCAACUCCAGAUUCAACAGCUACUCAAGGAUCAACAUCAACUCCAGACUCAACAGCAACUUCAGACUCAACGGCAACUUCAGGAGCAACACCAACUCCAGAUUCAACAUCAAUUCAAGUGUCAACAUCAACUCCAGAUUCAACAUCAGUUCAAGUGUCAACAUCAACUCCAGAUUCAACAUCAAUUCAAGUGUUAACACCAACUCCAGAUUCAACAGCAACUCAAGGAUCAACAGCAACUGCAGCAUUAACAGCAACUCCAGUAUCAAUGGCAACUCCAGGAUUAACAUCAACCCCUGGUUUUACAGCAACCCCAGACACAACAGUUGUUGUUCCAACUACAAUAUCAACUACUCUCCUGAACACAACUGAAGCUCCUCCGCCAAGUGUGGUUCUUGCAUUUGUCAUUGUGACAGUGUUCGUACCCGAGCUGAAUGAUCGCAACAGUCCAGCAUUUAGACAACUUGAAGCAAUAGUUGUGGGGGUGUGUCGAGCUGCCUACGCAAGGAUUCCGUUUUUCGCAGGUUGCUUUGUCCGAGCAUUCAG